UUUGUUUUGUGAACUUUUAACCAUUGAAUGUCUAACCCUCUCAGAGAAGAUACAAAAAUACCAGGUUUUCCAGAAAUCCUGAUUCUGAAAUCCCUUGCUUAUUCCUUUGUGAUCCAGGAAUCUUCCAAAUUGUAUUUCUGGAAAACCUGGUCAUUAGGGAAAGUUACCUGGAAUUUUGCAACACCACAGUAGGAGUAGAUUUUCAACCAAUCACAUAGGUGCCGUUGUCUAUUUUACAGCUCUCUCUCUGAAUACCGAGGCCUUUACUCAUAAAGGAGCUUGUUUACCUCGUGCUCCUGUAUCUCGACUUCGUGAUGAUGACUUUUCAGUCCUAGUUGUUUGUAGCUGUAGUGUAACUGUCUCCUUCCUGGUGUUUUAUUGGGCCCUUGCUUUCCUCUCCUUUAAUCAGACCCUUUCCUGUGUGCAGAGUGGAGAGCAGCUCUUAUAACAGGCCUCCCAAAAGGACACUCUACUAGUACUGCACUGUGAAGGGAAUCGGCUGUCAUUUAAGAGGCUUUUACACUGUCUUUCAAAGAGAAGCUACAUUUCCUUCUGGUUGCCCUCUCUUGAAUAUUAAAGCUAUUACUUGUAAUUUCCCGUGGUAGAAUGAGUUGAAGGGCUAUAAAACAGUGAUUAGGACAGAUUUACCGUCUGCUUGACGUCAGAACAUUGUUAGUUGGCCUGUAAGGAAAAUACAAGGCUCCAGACAGAAGAUAACCAUUAAGGCUUGUAUAAACAGGGAUUGGAUGGGUGUGUGUGUGUGUGUGUGCGUGCGUGCGUGCGCGUGCAUGUCUGUGUGUGCGUGCGUGUGUGUGUGCGUGCGUGCGUGCGCGUACAUGUCUGUGUGUGCGUGUGUGUGUGCGUGCGUGUCUGUGUGUGUGUGUCUGUGUGCGUGCGUGUGCGUGCGUGCGUGUGUGUGUGUGCGUGCGUGCGUGUCUGUGUGCGUGCGUCCUGUCUAGUUGCUUUUCUUGUGCGAAUUCCAUAAAUGUCUGUUGUUUUUGGAGGAUGAUUGUGUAAUGAAGGAUGCACUGUGAUAUUGAUUAUACUUUUUGAGUCAUAGCGCUUUGUGGCUUUGUAGUUGAAACAUAUUGUGAAAUGUCUACAUACAGUAUUUAGUUAAGAGUUGGCGGUAGUGAAACAGUUUGUUUCUUUUAUCUCCUCGUUUACAGACUUUUUUAAGACUUUAAUUGAGUAGUUGUUGAUAAGAAUUCCUCUUGAAUCUCUCAGCCACUGCAUCAUCAGGCUGGUCAAAAAGACUGCUUUUCCUGUUGACUCACUAAUGGACUCAAUGUUGGCCAGUCUGCUUCCUUAAUCCUCUACCACCCCCCGCCCCCCCUCUCCUUUCAUCCCUCUACCCUCAUCUGUCCUAUCCUCUCUCCUCAUUUCAUCUUUCCUUCUGAGUCACUCAUUUGAAAUGAAUCAAAUACAUGUUAUGUUUAAUCUGCUGUGUGUUCAGUCCAGUGUUGUAACCCUCCUCCGUCUCUCUCUGUCUCUCCCUAUAGAUUCCCAGGCUCUCCAGGAGUCGGGCGACAGAUCCCACUGGUGCGUGGUUGCGUACUGGGAGGAGAAGACCCGUGUGGGGCGCCUCUACUCGGUCCAGGAGCCUUCCCUGAACAUCUUCUAUGACCUACCUCAGGGGAACGGCUUCUGCCUGGGCCAGCUCAGCUCCGACAACAAGAGCCCGCUGGCUCAGAUGGUGCGGACCAAGAUCGGCUACGGCAUCCAGCUGAGUCGCGAGCCCGACGGUGUGUGGGUGUACAACCGCAGCUGCUACCCCAUCUUCAUCAAGUCGGCCACACUGGACAAUCCCGACUCGCGGACCUUACUGGUGCAUAAAGUGUUCCCCGGAUUCUCCAUUAAGGCCUUUGACUUUGAGAAGGCAGACAGCCUGCAGAGGCCUAACGAUCACGAGUUCACACAGCAGCCGAGGACUGGGUUUACUGUACAGAUCAGCUUCGUGAAGGGCUGGGGUCAGUGCUACACAAGACAGUUUAUUAGUAGCUGCCCCUGUUGGCUGGAGGUCAUAUUCAACAACCAAUAAAAACGGAUUACCUUUGGAUAACCUUCCUUCCCCUUCUUCUUCCUCGUUCUCCUCAUUCGAGGACCAGGAGAGAACGGAGGACAUAGACUAGUCCCUCACCUUUCCUUUUUUUCCCAGAAGACAGUGCUUCAAAAAGGAAGAUGUUUAAAGAAGAGACAAACAAAACCCAAUAAACCUGUUUAAUAUGACAAAUGACACAAAGAUUUAAUUAAAAGUGAAAUUAAAAGCGAAAAUGUAUUUUAUGUUAUAUAUAUAAAUAUAUUAUUACUUGUAAAUAUGAAGACGUUUUAUAUGCAUCAUUAUUUAUGUAUUGUGCAAUGUGUUGAUGAGAAAAAUAAAAUAAGAUGCACUUUGCUUAAUAUAAAUACAAACAAAGAAAUGCCAAAAUAAAUAAGAGAAAUUAUAUUUA